AUGGGUAUAAAAAAAUUACUGCGAAAACGAGUGAUAGAGUGGCGCAAUUUCUACGUUGAUUACAAGGAGUUGCGGGCGUGCAGAGAUGACUUCAGCUUCAAAACACGGCUGCUUGACGAAAUGACAAAGGUUAAUGAAUUUUAUUUUGAGUUAGAAAGACAAGCGGUUGAAGGGAAGAGAAAUCUUUUUGGAAGCAAAAAGAUCUAUGAGGAAAUCAAAAAGGACAAGGAAAAGGAUAAAAACAGGAAGGACAGGGACGGUUUUGAUGAUGGCUAUGAAAAUGAAGGUGAAGAAACAAUGGAUAAGGACGAGGAUGAUGCCGUGGACAAUGAUGGUAUUGGAAAGGAAAAGAGUGCGGUGGAAAAAGUGGAAAUUAGGAAUGAGCUGUUAGAUGGUUAUGAAAGUGAUGGAGAGGAGAUGGAAAUAGAAGAAAUUAGAGAGGACAGAGUUUCGGUGAAGAAGGAGUUUAGUGGUAGCGAAAAGAAAAAGAUGAUCGGAGAGAUUUGCCGAACGGAGCGUCUGGAAAAAGACGGUGCAAAAGAUGGAGAAGCCACAAGUACUGGGAAAGAAACCGAGUGGAAGGUGUCGCGCAACAAAACAGCAUCACAACGUAAUGGAUCAGCAGUGCGGCGUAACAAAAGUGCUUUGCUUAAAGUUAAACCGUUCACUCCCAAGACAAAACUAAAAAAUAGACGGAACAAGCCGGGAAAACGCAAGCCCUCAGCAUACAACGAAGUCAACCAUGAGUACAUAACGGAAGACCAGGAAUUUGAAACAUCGCAUUCGCUGGAAGAGAAUGAGGCCAUACCCCGGACGAGGACAUUCCUCAACCUCGGUCUUAUAAAGCUGCAUUACACUGUGCACAAGAAGAAAAGGGCGACCAUGGAAUUUAUAAAGGUGCUUAACCAAAUUGUGAACUACCAGCGAAUCAACUACGAUCUCCUUGACUACUGCAUUGCCAAGAGAAGAACAUCCCGUCGGAUCAAGCGCAAUGAAUUGCUGCCGCUUAUUAAGCAGUCGUAUUUUUACCGUUCUAAAAGGGCAGCCGGGCUGCUGAAGGAUGUGAAACGGCUGUAUAAACUGCGAUUUGUAAAGAAUGACAAAAACGCAGGACGUCUGUUCAGGAGACUGAGGAGGAAAGACAAGCCAAAGAUGGCAUUCGUGUUUCUCAGUGGUGUGCUAAUUGCCGUGAACGCCUUCUUCACGUAUUUUAAUGGGAUAGUAUGUAAGGAAGGGAUGACAGCACUACUGCCGUUCCUGUGUAAAAUACGUGGGCUGGCGAGCAGCAAUGAAAUCGGCACCUCGUCCGAUCCUUACACCCCGCAGAUCUUCUUUUCACUUAUAUUCGUAGGUUUUUACCUGUUUGGUGUUUCACUCCUCAUUUUCACGAAAAAAGAGAUCAACCAUCCAUUCAUAUUCUCGUUCAACCUUGACUCGCACAUGGAGGUGUCGCGCUACUUCCUGUGCACCUCUGCCCUCCACCUCUUCUACAAUGUCAUUAACAUCCUGCCAAUCAAUCCCAAGGUAUCAUUUGCCAUUUCCAUAUUUGCUGUCAUCGGGUGUGUUAUGUUCCCGUUCGACAUUUUCUACCGCAAAAGCCGCUACUACGUGGUUUACUGUCUCCUCAAGAUUGCGUGUACGCCCAUCUUUAAGGUGCGCUUCAGGCAUUUCUUCUUCACCGAUUACCUGCAAUCCUUCUCGAUUGUGUACCGGAGGGUGCUCGGAUAUUUCUUCACGCUUGGACCGAUCAGUGUGUUUUUCAUCAGCAAUUGCGGGAAUUUGGUGAGACUGAUGCAAUGUGGAAGGAGAUACUACGACAGACCGGAGAAAGUUCACAUCUACAAUGCUGGCAAGUACUUCUUCCAAAUAUUUUUCAGCGUUUUAACGAUUGUGUACGUAAACAUGCUGAGCGCGCCGACCAAGAGCGAUGAGAACUUGCUGGGUGAUACAGGACAUAUCGAAUACGAGAAUACGUACGCCAGCACCAGUUUUAUCUCGUCAUUGAAGUACUUCAGGCUUAUCGUCGGUCUUCUUUCGUCUUCAUUCUCGUUUGUAUGGGACAUCCGCGUGGAUUGGGGACUGGGCCGGAAGAACCUGCUUUUCUCCAAGACCGUGAUAUGCAUUUUGAUCGCUUUUAAUCUUGUGGGCCGGUAUCUUUGGCUGCUCUCCGCUUAUUUGAGUGAUUUUUUUCUGUGCUCGUACGAAGUCGUGAGAAGAACGAAUUGGGGAAUAGUGCGUGUUGAGUACGAGCAUUUGAACAACUGCGAUCAGCUCAAGACAACCAGCACGAUCAAGUUGAGUGGUGACCUGUUCUACAGAAAGAAUAAACGAGCGGGAUACAUGACUGAGCACGAGAGCACACAUGAUGAGAAAGAGGAGUCCAUGGCGUAGUGAGCGUGUUGAUGAAAGUGAAUAGGUCGAGG